UUUUCUUUCGGUUUUUUUUUUUUUUUUUUUUUUGGUCUCAAGUAGGAGGCCUACCCCCCCCCCACCCCCACCCCCAGCCCCCCACCCCCACCCCCGACCUAAGCAGCUACCAUGUCUGAGGUCCCCGGCGCGGCGUUGUCCCAGGCGGGUUGGUAUCUUUCAGAUGAAGGCAUUGAAGCUUGUACAAGUUCUCCUGACAAAGUCAAUAUAAAUGACAUCAUCCUGAUUGCUCUCAAUACAGACUUAAGAACAAUUGGCAAGAAAUUCCUCCCCAGUGACAUCAAUGGUGGAAAGGUAGAAAAGCUUGAAGGUCCAUGUGUUUUGCAAAUUCAAAAAAUUCGCAAUGUUUCUGCACCAAAGGACAACGAGGAAUCUCAGGCUGCACCAAGAAUGCUGCGUUUGCAGAUGACUGAUGGUCAUAUAAGUUGCACCGCUGUUGAAUUUAGUUUUAUGUCCAAAAUAAGCCUGAACACACCACCUGGAACUAAAGUGAAGCUCUCAGGCAUCGUGGAUAUAAAAAAUGGAUUCCUGCUCUUGAAUGACUCAAACACCACAGUUCUUGGCGGUGAAGUAGAACACCUUAUUGAGAAGUGGGAGUUACAGAGAAGCUUGUCAAAACACAAUAGAAGUAAUAUUGGAACUGAAGGUGGACCACCUCCUUUUGUGCCUUUUGGACAGAAGUGCACGUCUCAUGUCCAAGUGGAUAGUAGAGAACUUGACCGAAGAAAGACAUUGCAAGUCACAAUGCCUGUCAAACCUACAAAUGACAAUGAUGAAUUUGAAAAACAAAGGACUGCUGCUAUUGCGGAAGUUGCAAAGAGCAAAGAAACCAAGACAUUUGGAGGUGGUGGUGGUGGUGCUAGAAGUAACCUCAACAUGAGUGCUGCUGGGAACCGAACUAGAGAAAUCUUACAAAAAGAAAAGUCAGCCAAACCGGAGGGGAAACAUGAGGGUGUCUACAGAGAACUGGUUGAUGAGAAGGCUCUGAAACACAUAACAGAAAUGGGCUUCAGUAAAGAAGCAUCGAGGCAAGCUCUUAUGGAUAAUGGCAACAACUUAGAAGCAGCGCUGAAUGUACUUCUUAACAGCAAUAAACACAAACCUGUUACAGGUCCACCUCUGAGAGGUAAGGGAAAAGGCAGGGGGAGAAUAAGAUCUGAAGAAGAGGAGGAGCUGGGAAAUGCAAGGCCGUCAGCUCCAAGCACGUUAUUUGAUUUCCUGGAGUCUAAAAUGGGGACUUUGAGUGUGGAAGAACCUAAACCACAGCCGCAGCAGCUUCAUCAAGGACAACACCGAUUGUCAAAUACUGAGCAAAAUGGAGUCAAAGAUAGUAAUCAACCACGGUAUCUGCCUCGAAAUGAUACCAGACAGCCAAGAAAUGAAAAGCCUCCUCGUUUUCAAAGAGACCCCCAAAAUUCAAAGUCAGUUUUAGAAGGCAGUGGAUUACCUAGAAACAGAGGUUCUGAAAGACCAAGUACUUCUUCAGGAUCCGAAGCAUGGGCUGAAGAGAGAAUCAAGUGUGAUAGACCCUAUUCUAGAUAUGACAGAACUAAAGAUGCUUCCUACCUUUUAAGCUCUCAGCACAAUGAUGGUGCUUUUAAAAAAAGGGAUAACUCUAUGCAAAGCAGAUCAGGAAAAGGUCCGUCCUAUGCAGAGGCAAAAGAAAAUCCACUUCCUCAAGAAUCCAUUGACUAUAAUAAUCAAAAACGUGGGAAAAGAGAAAACCAAACAACAAAUCCUGAUCAUUUUUAUGACAGGAAACCACGAACAAUAAAUAACGAAAGUUUCAGUGGUGUAAAAAUUGAAAAACAUUUUAAUGUAAAUACUGAUUUCCAGAAUCCCGUCCGAACUAAUAGUUUCGUUGGUGUUCCAAAUGGAGAGACAGAAAUGCCACUGAAGGGCAGGCGAGUAGGACCUAUUAAGCCAGCAGGACCCAUCACAGCUACACCCUAUGAUGAUAAAGUAUUUUACAAUAGUGGGCCUAAAAGAAGAUCUGGGCCAAUUAAACCAGAAAAAGUACUAGAAUCAUCUAUUCCUAUGGAGUAUGCAAAAUUGUGGAAACCUGGAGAUGAAUGUUUUGCACUUUAUUGGGAAGACAACAAGUUCUACCGAGCAGAAGUUGAAGCUCUCCAUUCUUCUGGCAUGACAGCGGUUGUUAAAUUCAUUGAUUAUGGAAACUAUGAAGAGGUGCUACUAAGCAACAUGAGGCCCAUUCAGACAGAGGCAUGGGAGGAAGAAGGCACCUAUGACCAAACGCUUGAGUUCCGCAGAGGAGGUGAUGGUCAGCCAAGAAGAUCCACUAGGCCCACACAGCAGUUUUACCAACCUCCCCGGGCGCGGAACUAAUAUGAGAAGAGUCUUUGUGAAGAAAGGAGCCACUGACUGAAACAUCCUGGUCAAAACCUGUUGAUAGACCGCCUACUUUCCCUUCAGAAUAAAUAAGGUGCAGCCAUGAUGGAUAUUAUUAUUGGAGAAUGGAACAACAGAUUUUAGAGGGAAAAAACCCCAGCCCUCAUGGAGAAUGGGAAAAAUACUAAGUUAACUAAAGCAAGUACCUUUUACAAGUGAAAGAGAAUCUUUUCUUCUGCCAUCAAUAAAACCAGUGCGCUGUUAUAUA